AUGUCAAUCUCCAUCUCUGAGCUGGACAAUACCGUUCGCGCCUUCUAUGAGGGCAAGGGCGAGGUUCAAAAGCAGGCUCAGCAGAAGCUGACAGAGUUCAAGUCAAACCCAGAUGCGUGGUUGAUGGUGGACAAGAUACUACAGGAGGCUACAUAUCUUCCGACCAAAUACGCAGGGCUUCAAGUUCUGGACGACGUGAUCAUGACAAGAUGGAAAGUCCUCCCUCGAGACCAAUGUCAAGGGAUUCGCAACUUCGUCGUCGAUCAGAUCAUCGGAGCCUCCCAAUCUGAAGAAUCACUCAAACAGCAGCGUCUGUUCGUCGACAAACUCGAUCUCACCCUGGUCAACAUUCUUAAGCAGGAGUGGCCUCACAACUGGCCCACUUUCAUCAACGAGAUCAUUUCCUCAUGUCACAGCAGCUUGUCGAUUUGUGAGAACAACAUGUCGAUCCUGCGGCUGCUGUCAGAAGAAGUUUUCGACUUUUCGCAGGACCAGAUGACAUCGACCAAGGCUAAGAAUCUUAAAACUACAAUGUGCGCCGAGUUCUCUCAGAUCUUCCAAUUAUGCCUCGAAAUAUUGACUACCGCCGAACAUACGAACCUCAUCCGCGCAACACUCAACACCCUACUUCGCUUCUUGAACUGGAUACCUCUCGGUUUCAUAUUUGAGACCAAACUAAUUGACACACUCGUGGAAAGAUUUUUGAAUGUGCCGGAGUUCCGAAAUAUAACGAUGAAGUGCUUGACAGAAAUUGGUGGUCUACAAAUGGGUCAACAAUUCCAGUACGACGAAAAGCUGGUGCAACUGUUCACGAUCACGCUGAACAGUGUAUCCAAGAUGAUUCCUCUGUCCACUGAUCUCAAGGAGGUCUACGGCAAGAGCAACUCUCGAGAUCAGGAGUACAUCCAAAAUCUAGCACUUUUUCUCUGCAACUUCUUCACCGUCCAUCUUGGUGUCAUUGAGAAAAUACCCAACACGGAUUACCUUACCCAUGGCCACUAUUACCUGAUCCUCAUCAGCCAAAUCGACGAUCGAGAGAUAUUCAAAAUCUGCUUGGAAUAUUGGACGAAACUCGUUCAGGAACUGUACGAGGAGAUGCAGCAGUUACCAAUCACUGAUGUCAAUCCUCUAGUGAGCAUGGGAGUGAGCGGCCUUUCUAAUGGCGGUGCCCCUCAUCCAAGCACGUUGGCGAAUUAUCCAUUGCGGAAGCACAAAUAUUCGCAAAUACUGACCAAUCUGCGAAGCGUUAUGGUUGAGAAAAUGGUGCGCCCCGAAGAGGUCCUGAUCAUGGAGAACGACGAAGGAGAGAUUGUGCGGACAUUCGUCAAAGAGAGUGACACCAUACAAUUGUAUAAAACGACUAGGGAAUGUCUAGUCUAUUUGACGCAUCUGGACGUUGUAGAUACGGAGAACAUCAUGUCCGACAAAUUACAGAAGCAGGUGGAUGGCUCAGAGUGGUCGUGGAACAAUUGCAAUACACUCUGCUGGGCUAUCGGAUCAAUCUCUGGCGCCAUGAACGAGGAGACUGAAAAGCGCUUUUUGGUCACCGUCAUCAAAGAUCUUCUAGGUCUAACGGAGAUGAAGAGAGGUAAGGACAACAAAGCCGUCGUGGCCAGCAAUAUCAUGUAUAUCGUCGGUCAGUACCCAAGAUUUCUCAAGGCACAUUGGAAAUUCUUGAAGACCGUAGUCAACAAGCUUUUCGAAUUCAUGCACGAGACGCAUGAAGGUGUCCAGGAUAUGGCCUGUGAUACAUUCAUCAAGAUUGCCAACAAAUGCAAACGCCAUUUUGUUGCUCUCCAGCCGGGUGAGACGGAGCCGUUCAUCGAGGAAAUUGUUCGUAACAUGCGGAAGAUCACAUGCGACUUGUCACCGCAACAGGUGCAUACUUUUUACGAGGCUUGCGGAUAUAUGAUCUCUGCGCAAGGCCAGAAGAGCCUUCAAGACCGGCUAAUAGAGAACCUAAUGUCAUUUCCAAACCAAGCUUGGGAUCAGAUCAUUCAGCAAGCGAACGCCAACCCAGCAAUCCUUCAAGACAGCGAGACAAUCAAGGUUGUGGGCAAUAUCAUGAAGACAAACGUUUCAGCGUGUUCAUCUAUUGGAAGCUACUUCUAUUCGCAAAUUGGCCGCAUCUACCAUGACAUGCUGAAUAUGUACCGAGCAUCGAGUCAAUUGAUCUCUGAUGCUGUUGCCAAAGAAGGUAACAUUGCAACCAAGACUCCAAAGGUCCGAGGUCUCCGAACAAUCAAAAAAGAGAUUCUCAAGCUUAUCGAUAUGUACGUCGAGAAAGCCGAUGAUCUGCAAAUGGUCAACGAAAGCAUGGUGCCUCCACUGCUUGACGCCAUCCUGCUUGACUAUCAACGCAAUGUCCCUGACGCCCGAGACGCCGAGGUUUUGAAUGUUGUCACCACCAUCAUCCACAAACUACGGAACAUGAUGGACGACAAGGUUGCUGGGAUCAUGGAUAGUGUAUUUGAAUGCACUUUGGAAAUGAUCAACAAAGACUUCCACGAAUAUCCAGAGUUCCGCGUCGAGUUUUUCAAGCUCCUCCAGGCAAUCAACCUGUAUUGCUUCCCUGCCUUACUAAAGCUCGAUGGUCGGCAGUUCAAAUUUGUCAUCGAUUCCUGCAUGUGGGCCAGCAAGCACGACAAUAGGGAAGUCGAAAGCACUGGCCUUGCCAUGUGCUUGGAGCUCAUCAACAACAUGGCUGAGACAGAUUCCCAAACUGCCAGCAUAUUUUUCCGCCAAUUCUACAUUCCUAUCCUCCAAGAUGUACUCUUUGUCUUGACCGAUUCCGAUCACAAAUCUGGCUUCAAGACGCAAGGUAUGCUGCUUGCGAGAAUGUUCCAACUUGUUGAGUCUGGCAAGAUCACCGAACCUCUCUACACCACUGAGCAGGCCGCUCCUGGAACAUCGAACAAGCAAUUCGUUCAGCAGUACACUGCCAACCUUCUGCAGCAAGCUUUCCAAAAUCUCAAAGAAGUGCAGAUACAGCAUUUCGUCAACGGCUUGUUCACACUUAACGAAGACUCUAACAAAUUCAAGACACAUCUCCGGGAUUUCCUGAUUUCACUUAAGGAAUACACCGGCGACAAUCCUGAGGACAGUGCUCACUUGUUCGCCGACGAUCGGGAGCAGGAGAGGAAGAUGGCGCAAGACGCAGAGCGAGAACGAGCAAUGAAAGUUGGUGGACUGAUCAAACCAGCGGACCUAGAUCAGGAUGAUGAACUAUGA